AGCCUUUGGGGUGAGUUGAAGCAUUGCAACAUGCUUACUAAACAGCUUCAGGAAAGUUGGAAGAAAUCCAAAGGGAACCACAUCGUUGAGAAACUGAUUUUUGAGGUCACUAGUGCCAAUGUGGUUCAGGACUCAUCCUCCAAAUAUGUGGCCUAUACCAUACAUGUUAUAAAAUCAGGCAGUUUCGAUGACCACAAGGCAUUGAUUAUUCGGCGUUACACUGAUUUUGCAAAACUGAAUGAGAAACUCCACAAACAUUUCAAGGAGGAGAUGAGCAAUGUGGUGUUUCCAAAGAAGAUCAUCCGGAAAAACUUCACACACGAAACCAUAGCCAAACGCAGCCGAGCUUUUGAACAGUAUCUCCAGCACAUCCACUCAAUCGCAGACAUUUGCAGGUCCAAAGUAUUCCUAGAGUUCUUUUAUCUGAAUGAUUUAAAAGCAAGUCAGGGAUUAUUGCGGGGUGGUAUGUGUGAGGAUGCUAUAGAGACACUGCUGAAUGCUCUUCACUUGCAACAGAAGCUAGGGUCCUGGGACGCUGAGCACUUACUUUUCACUCAAGCUUCUAUUUCACUUUGUUACCAAGAACUGGAUCGCUUGGAAGAGGCCCAGGCCUACUGUGAGCAGGCCUUACAGACAAUAGACAACCAGGAGAAUCAUCCACUACUGGUACCUUUACUUCAUUCCAACAUCAGAGUGUCCUGGAAAAUAGCUAAAGACAAACGUCAGUCAGAAGCCAGACUCCAGCAACUUCAAGAAUCAGGGAUAGAUGUUUUAAAUCAACCUAGCCUUAAAGAAUAUCUUAUUAAAGAUUUUUUAGAUUGAAUAAGACACCGUUUGAUGCCACGUGAGGGUUAGAGGGGGGACCACUGUAGUUUCAUUAAAAUGGUUGUUUUAUAUCUGCAAGAACUUUAAAAGGAACCAAAAUUUAGUAUGACUCUCCAUUUUUCUGUGUAAUGUAUGCAGCUUAUUUCACUUUUCCUAUAUCAGAAAGCAAAGAUUAUGACACCUAAGAUAUAAUGUAAAAUAAAACAUUUUAUAUUUGCA